GAAUUCAGAUGUUCCCAAAGUUGAAGUGAACACAAAUCGAAUUUCGAUUGCAGGGAAAGAAACGAAGAAAAUGUGCGGGAUAGCUUUGAUUAUCUCCGGUGUGAGAAUCGAUUUGUCUCUUUUGCUUCCCGAUUACAGACUUCCUCCCGAGACUGACGAGGUGGACCAGCCAGAGUUAUCAGUGGAUCAUCUUAAAGCAGCUCUCCUUAGAAGAGGUCCUGAUAACUUGGGAUGCAAGAAAAUUUUACUUCAGUUAAAGAGUUCAAGUUCAGUUGAAGAACUGUCUCACCUUGAUGUAGGGAAGGUAAUCAAGAGGGAGAGGUCUUGUUUGUGCUUCUCUGAGAAGAACAAUGUUUGCAUCGUUUCGGCAAGUGAAGUGUCUUGGACACAGGACAGUCAUGUCACUGCAAUGAAAUCUGUGGCUGAACUUCACUUUCUUGGUGCAACAUUACAACUUAGGGGAAUUAAUCCAGUUUUUCAACCAUUGGUAGAUACUUCCAGCAAUGUCCUUGUUUAUAACGGUGAAAUAUUCGGUGGAAUUGAGGUUGGCAGUGAUAGCAAUGAUUCUGAAGUUCUUAUGGAUGCUCUUGGGAGCUGCUGCUCCUGUGAUUUCCAUACAAGUGAAAGAAAAUGCUGUUCCACUGGAAAAGCUCUUAGUUCUGUGCCAGAACUCCUUUCAACAAUUAAGGGGCCAUGGGCAUUAAUCUAUUGGCAGGAUAGUUCAAAAACCAUGUGGUUUGGUCGAGAUGCAUUUGGGAGGCGCAGCUUACUUGUUCACUGGCCAACUUUGGAUGAUUUUCGCCUUUUGCUUUCUUCUGUGUCACCACUAUCAUUUAUCAAAAAUGAUACUGAUUUUGAAAGUGAAGAAAAUCGUGGCCUCAAUUUCUGGGAAGAGCUUCCAUGUGGGAUAUACAGCAUAUGCUUUGAUGCUUCAAAAGCCAGUGGAUUUCUGGUUGGCACUGCCAGAAAACACGAAUGGACUGAUCCGGGGCUACAGGAACUGAUUAAAUGGGAUCGAGCUUUUGUAAAACCCCAGGCUGAGGAAUUAAAAUUCGGCAACCUUGCAGUUGUAGAGCAACAAAGUCUCAUAAAUUCAACUUCUCUGGAAGGCAUGCCCUCUGAAUUAUGUUCUCAUCAUAUUAUAGAGCAAGCAAAACUUAAUACAGGGAUUAUUCAACAUUCAGUUUCAUUGCCAGCAUUUAAGGUGCUUAUUGCUCUGAAAGAAUCUGUGAUGCGACGAACUGCUGAGAACAGAAUCUUUCAGAGAACUAUUCCAGAAAUCAGAAAAGAAAAUCUUGCCCAAGUGGCAAUUCUUUUUUCUGGUGGAUUGGACUCUAUGAUACUAGCAGCAUUAUUGGACAAGUGCGUGGAUCCCAUCUAUAAAAUUGAUCUGCUUAAUGUAAGUUUUGAUGGCCAGUCUGCUCCAGAUAGAAUAUCUGCAAGAGCAGGACUAAAGGAACUUCAAAGAAAUGCUCCUCUGAGAAGGUGGAACCUUGUGGAGAUUGAUGCAGAUUUAUCAGAUUUGAGCUCAGAAAUCAAGUGUGUCAUGUCACUCAUAAGUCCAGCGAAUACCUACAUGGAUCUGAACAUUGGGAUAGCAUUAUGGCUGGCAGCUAGUGGUGAUGGGUGGCUGGUUGAAGGGAUUUCGAGCAACCAUGAAGAGGAUCACCGUCGCAUUAAGUACAAGUCUGAGGCCAAAAUUCUUCUGGUUGGUUCUGGUGCUGACGAACAAUGUGCUGGCUAUGGCAGGCAUAAGACAAAAUACAGGCUGAGCGGUUGGCUUGGGCUGCAUGAGGAAAUGAGACUGGAUAUGCAGAGAAUUUGGAAAAGAAAUCUAGGGAGAGAUGACAGAUGUAUUUCUGAUAAUGGCAAGGAGGCUAGGUUUCCAUUCUUGGAUGAGGAUGUUAUCAGGACUUUACUGGAUAUGCCCUUAUGGGAGAUUGCUGAACUAGAUCAACCAAUGGGUAGAGGAGACAAGAAAAUUUUAAGAGAGGUUGCAUGGUUGUUGGGUUUAGAAGAAGUUUCAAGUCUUCCAAAGAGAGCAAUCCAGUUUGGUUCGAGAAUAGCAAGGGAAUCAAACAGGAAGAAUUUUGGAAGCAAUCGUGCAGCAAAUCAGGCAUCUGCAGGAAGUGUAGUUAUCCACAGGCCAACAGGUGCAACUUGACAUAUUGUCUCGACACAGGCAUCUUUAGUAAAGGUAGUCACUUCGUUGUGUCUAUAUUUAAGAGGGAGGGCCAUGUGAUCAUUGUUUUGGUACUAGCCUGUGUUGUAUUUGUGAUGUUUGUCAAUUGGCCAGGGCCUUGAUCUGCUUAAUACCA